AUGUCUCCACAUGGUGCAGCCAUGAGUUCCUCUCCUCAUUCUGUCGAUGAGACCAUCAAUCAUGGCACACCAUCCACCAACAUCACCGCCUUCACUCCUGAGGCUGUUUCCGUCAACAAAGGAAAAGGUCGUGCUGUUGACUCGGCUUGCCGCCCUGUUCUUACACUUCGCCCUGGUCAACUCAAGCUUGCAAACCUUGGCGAUGAGUCUGAAGAAGACAUCUUCUUGUCUGCUCCGUCCACCAAAGGCACUCAGCUCUCCCCAACUGCCGAAGUCUUCACUCCUACUUUGCCAACUGUUUUCAUGAAGAAGGAUGCAGAAGGUCAGGCUGAGAACAACGUUCAUGCUGAAGAGUAA